AUGGCUAAAACAAAGCAAACCGCCCGCAAAGCACUUCAAAUUCCUAAUCUUGUAGAUACGGUGAAUGCAAAGGUGUACGGGCGAAGAGAUCCUGAAGCAAGCAAAUCGAAACCUAAAAAGGGAAUGGCUCCAAUUAGAGGUGACAAGAAAACGAAAUACAAGGUUGAAAUCAUGAUAACUCCUCCUUCGAAACCUCCCCGCAACGAUAAAUACUUACUUGCCGGUCCAUUGCGCCGAAGAAGGCCGAGUGAGGUAUCAUUUUCUAUCACCGAACCAAGAGACAAAGCUAACACUAGUGGUGAAGAAGAAGAUGAACAAGAAGAAGAGCAAGUAGAGGAGGAACAUGGUGUAGAACAUGAGAUACAAGAAGAAGAGUCGUUCUCUGAUAACACUAGUGGUGAAGAAGAAGAUGAACAAGAAGAAGAUCAAGUAGAGGAGGAACAGGGUGUAGAACAUGAGAUACAAGAAGAAGAGUCGUUCUCUGGAAGUUUUGGCUUUAGAGUCGGCAACAUUAAAAGAAAAAAGACUAACGACUAUGCGUUACCUAGCUGA